GUCCAAAAGCAAAAUACCAACUUUGCUUUUUUAUUUCCUUAUACAAAAUUAUAUGCUCAAUCUCACAUUUUUCUUUGGGUCCAAAAUCAAAUUAUGCUCAAUUCUUAUUCUUCCACUUAUUUCACUCUCCACUGGUGGCAAAUAUUCACUAAUCACUAUCUCAUCAUCAUCAUGAAUCUUUGAUGAAGGAAAGAAAUCAUCGCCCUUUUUUUCUUCUCUUUGUAACUUGAUUUCAAAUGUUGUGAUUGUGAAGAUAAAAAAGAAAAAGAAAAAACUUGAGAGGUUGAUCAUCGAUGGGUACCAAAAAUCUUGUUAUGCUGAAAAGUCACAUUGAUUCAAUCAACUUAUUUUUUGCUAAUGAUUUUGUUUAUGAAAACUUGAUUUGGGCAUUGGCUUCUAUGUGGAUUUUCUUCUGCAACUAUAUGGUUCAUUCCAUGGGGUUGAUACUCACAUACAUCUUCAGAAGUCAAAGGAAAAAUGAGAAAUUUGUUUCACUAGAUUCAUCAGAACAAAACAAGAGUAAUCAAUUUGAAGAUUAUGAGAUUAAUGAGUUCACAGAAGAGUUAGCUAAUUUAAUAUUUCCAAGCUAUGGAAAUUUUUAUAGAGCAAAGGAAGAAAGAGAAGUAAAAACAGAGGACUCUGUUCUGGUGAAGAUUGAUUCUAACAUUCAACAAGAUGAUGAGAAAAGAAAAGGAGAAACAGAUUGCUACGUUUUGAAGGAGAGUAACUUUGAUGUGAAUGAAAAUGGUAACAAAAUUGAAUUAGAAACAAAAGGGUCUAUUUUUAUGCAUAGUGUUUCUGAUGAAGUUCAUGAAGAUGUUAAGAAAAUAGAUGAAAAUGAAACAGAUUGCUCUGUUUUUAUAAAGGGUGAUUCCAAUCUUCAUCAAGAUUGUAAGAAGAGUGUAAAAAGGGUUCAUGAAGAAGAAGAAAAAACAAAAGGGUCUAUUUUUAUUGAUUCAACAAGUAAGAGUCCAUUAGUGUCACAAAAAGAUAUUGGUUGUUUUGAAGAAGAACCUAUGACCUUAAGUUUUAGUUUCCUAAGAAAUGUUUCUUAUAGUAAUGCAUUUUCUAGCACUCAAACUAUAGUCAAGAAACAAAUAUUAGAGAAUAAUUUAGAGGAAAUUCAUGUUGUUCAAGAUGAAGAAAAAGAGGAAUAUGUUGAAGAACAAAGAAAAUUCCCUUCCAACAAAAAUGAUUGUCUUCUAUAUAAUAUAGGUUCUAACAAAAAUGAUGAUUCUUUGAGAUAUAAGAUUAUAGGUUCUAACAAUUCUUGUGAAAGUCUUAAGGCAUUUGAAUAUUUGGAGGAAACUCAAUUUUCAUAUGAUAGAGAAGUGUCACAUGGUUUUGCAAAGUGCAAAAAUGAAAAGAAAGAGACAAAAGAAGAUAUCUUGGAGAAAAAUGAAAAAGAGUUUGAUGAAAUGGAUUAUGAUGAAAAUAAUGAAGAGGAUGAAUUUGAGUGGGAGAAUGAUGAGAUAGUGGAACAAAUCAAACUGGAAUUGAGAAAAGCAAGACAAGGAGGACUUGCAACAAUUUUGGAAGAAGAGGAGGAAAGAGAAUAUUCUCCAAAUGUUGAAGAGAUAAAGCCAUUGAGUAUUGAAGAUAAGAAGAUGGAAUACAAAGAUCAUAUUGUUGAAAUUCAAAAGGUUUACAAAUGCUAUGCACAAAAGAUAAAGAAAUUGGAUGUCUUGAAUUAUCAGGCCAUGCAUGCAAUAGGUCUUCUACAACUAAAAGACCCUCUAAAAUUAAUUUUAGAGCAUAAAUCAAAUGACCCAAUGAUGAAGCUUAUUAAUGAAUUGCAUAGGGAUUUGGAACUUGUUUAUGUUGGCCAAAUUUGUCUCUCUUGGGAAAUCCUAUGUUGGCAGCAUGAGAAAAUCCAAGAGUUGAAAAAAUACGAUUCACAAUGGCCUCAUAGGUAUAAUUUAGUUGCUGGUAAAUUUCAACUUUUUCAAGUCCUCUUGCAAAGGUUCUUAGAAGAUGAGCCAUUUCAACAUGGUGAUAGGAUUCAAAAUUAUGUCAAGAAUCGGUGUGUCAUUCGCAACUUGCUCCAAGUUCCAUCCAUAAAAGACGAUAGCACAACAGAUAAGAAAAAAAGUAAAUGGGAUGAAGAGGAACCAAUUGCUUGUGAAAGGUUAGCACAAAUAAUUAAGGAAUCUAUGCAAGUAUUCUGGGAGUUUAUUCGAGCUGAUAAAGAAAAUGGAAAUGUGUUUCAUAAAGUAUCAAAUCACAAAGGGACAAAAGUUAAGGAUGCAGAAAUUUCAAAUCUUCUAGUGGAAGUUCAAACCCAAUUACAUAAGAAGGAGGGAAAGCUCAAGGAAAAAUUGAGAAGUAGAAAUUGCAUAGUAAGGAAGUUCAGAAAACACCAUGACAAUCAAACUCAAUUGGAUCAUGAGCAGUUGUUGACUCAAGUGGGAUUGAAGUUGAUUUCAAGGGUGACAUACAUGAAAAAAGUCAGAAAAGAUCACCUAAUAUGGUGUUGUGAAAAGUUAAACCGAAUCAAAUUUGUUGACAAAAAGAUUCAAGUGGAGCCUUCUUUUUUGUUUUUUCCUUGUUGAUAAAUACAUAGUUGAUAUGUAAAAUUUAAUCUUAAGGGUAUAUAUAUUAUACACACGGAAAAAUUGUCUAAUAGAAAGAAUGUAGUUGCAAAUUUUGGUAUCAAAAUUGUUUCCAUUA